AUGGAGGAGACUCCUGCAGGGUCAGCACAGCGAGCCUCCCAUACCCAAGCUGAGGACCGCCUCUUCAAACACCUCUUUAAGGGUUACAACCGCUGGGCGCGGCCAGUGCCCAACACCUCGGAUGUGGUGAUCGUGCGCUUUGGGCUGUCUAUUGCCCAACUCAUUGAUGUGGAUGAGAAGAACCAGAUGAUGACCACCAACGUCUGGCUAAAGCAGGAGUGGACUGACUACAAAUUGCACUGGAACCCGGCCGAUUUUGGCAACAUCACAUCCCUCCGGGUCCCUUCGGAGAUGAUCUGGAUCCCUGACAUUGUCCUCUAUAACAAUGCAGAUGGGGAGUUUGCCGUGACCCACAUGACCAAGGCCCACCUCUUCUCCACGGGCACCGUGCACUGGGUGCCCCCCGCCAUCUACAAGAGCUCCUGCAGCAUCGACGUCACCUUCUUCCCCUUCGACCAGCAGAACUGCAAGAUGAAGUUUGGCUCCUGGACCUAUGACAAGGCCAAGAUCGACCUGGAGCAGAUGGAGCAGAUGGUGGACCUGAAGGACUACUGGGAGAGCGGCGAGUGGGCCAUCGUCAACGCCACCGGCACUUACAACACCAAGAAGUAUGACUGCUGUGCCGAGAUCUACCCCGACGUCACCUACUACUUUGUCAUCCGGCGCCUGCCCCUCUUCUACACCAUCAACCUCAUCAUCCCCUGCCUGCUCAUCUCCUGCCUCACCGUGCUCGUCUUCUACCUGCCCUCGGACUGCGGCGAGAAGAUCACGCUCUGCAUCUCCGUGCUGCUCUCGCUCACCGUCUUCCUCCUGCUCAUCACCGACAUCAUCCCCUCCACCUCCCUGGUCAUCCCGCUCAUCGGCGAGUACCUGCUCUUCACCAUGAUCUUCGUCACGCUUUCCAUCGUCAUCACGGUCUUUGUCCUCAACGUCCACCACCGCUCUCCCAGCACCCACACUAUGCCCCGCUGGGUGCGGGUGGCUUUUCUGGGCUGUGUGCCCCGGUGGCUUCUGAUGAACCGGCCCUUGCCCCCCUUGGAGCCCCACGACGCCCCGGAUCUGAAGCCCAGCUCCUCUUAUCACUGGCUGGAGACCAACGUGGAUGCGGAGGAGAGGGAGGAGGAAGGGGAGGAGGAAGAGGAAGACAGAUGGGUGUGGGCGGCUCAUUCAUCCCCGGCCGUGGGUGCCCUCUGCAGCCAUGGCGGUCUGCACCAAAGGGCCUCAGGUCCCAGGGCGGAAGCCCAGCUGCAGGAGGGUGGGCUUCUGCUGUCACCUCGCAUACAGAAGGCUCUGGAAGGUGUGCACUACAUUGCUGAUCACCUGCGAUCUGAGGAUGCUGACUCUUCAGUGAAGGAAGACUGGAAGUAUGUGGCCAUGGUCAUUGAUAGGAUAUUCCUCUGGUUGUUUAUCAUCGUCUGCUUCCUGGGGACCGUUGGACUCUUUCUUCCUCCGUUCCUGGCUGGAAUGAUCUGAUUUCCUGUUCCUUGCUUUGACCCAAAGGUGGCACUACUGACAUCUGUAACCACUGCCUCCUUCAGAGUACGCCUAUGGGGUCAACGCCAUCUGACUGCAGGUGCUUCUCUGUGGAGUCCCUACACUGGCCUAGUCAUCGAAGACUCCUUGGGUCAAUUAAUUCACUUGACGUUAUUGUACUGCAUGCAGAGAAUCUGCUGGGCACAGAGCCCUGUUUUAGGUGCUGAGGAAUGAAGAAAUAAGGAACUUGCUCUGCAGAAGUUUUCGAUAUGAUGGUGACAAUAUGAAGCCCUGUAGGAUUCUCCUGCAGGGGCCAAUAAAGACACUGAGUAACAGGAGGAGCAAGCAGGACGAUCCAGGGGGUAGAGGACCUCAAAAAUGGGUGUAUGGGGGGAGAGAAGAGAGGGUGCCCCAGGGGGUAGAAGGCCUGUGACCAACAUUUUGCAUUCAGGAAUGAGCCUGAGGUGUCUAGGAGAACAGGCUAGGGCUAGGGAGCUAGGGCUCCUGUGUGGGAGCCGUGGGAGGAGUUUGGAAAGGCAGGCUAGGGUGUCUUCAAACCACACAGAAUAAAGUUCAGAGUCUAAUCCUGAGGGUCUAACAAUGGUAAAGACUCUCCUGGAAAGAAAGAAAGGGGUAAGCAGGGCCACAUGGGGUAGAGGCACAUGUCAGACCUGCACGGCGGAGGAAUGUGUGGUUGGAUGCAGGUAGUUGGGCCAUCCCACCCUUCUGGAAGCUCGUUUGAAGUCCUGGCUUUCUCUCACGUUCCCUUCUGCAAACUGGCUCAGCGCCAGCCGGUCCCAAAAGGUUUGGCCAUGCUGCAGUCCCUGCCAUCUGUCCUUGAAUGCACAUUGACAAACCAGGAAGAUACCCAGGGCCAUCCUUGACUCAACUCAAGUUUGCAGCUUGCUCCUCCCUCCGGUCCAUAGGGCAGGUGGUGGCCAGCACAAACAUGUGUGUGAUGUUUGCACAGAGUGAAUGAAAAGAAGCAACUGGAUGGUUUUGCACCUUGACUGCUGUGUAAAUGCAGAAGCUGUAGGACUGCUUCCCUUCCAGCCUGGCCUCCUGGUCCUUCCUGAAGUCCUGUGAUGGCUUCUGAGCUGCUCUGUACAGCCCUGGAUUCCUUGCACCUUGGAAUCCAGCAAUGCACAGCCCUCAGCCACAUGCUGGAGGCAGGAGAAGCUCCUGCCCGGGGAUCAGGCCUCACCCCUGCCUGUCCAGCCCUCUGAGGACAGAACCUCAGCAGCUAAUAAAUGCAGACAUCGGCUCUCCAGAUAGUAUGGGGACCCUGGAUAGGAAGCUGAGUAGGGCGAACUUCCAGUUUCCCUUUAGCCUUUGGGGUACCCCACUCGACCCUCCCUGACAGACACAGAUGAAACCUGCAACGCCUGGCCCAGACCCCCAGUCCUCAGUUCUUCCCAAGACCCCCACAUGGUGACUAAUGUGGUUUCUGUCUCCCCCACAGCUCCUCCCAGCUUCCCUUCCCCAUCCUAGCUCUCCCAGACCUUAUCUCCUGGUGCAGCGAUGUUCCCUCAUGCUAUUCCAUCUCCCAUCCCCUUGCAUGUGAGU